GGCACGAGAAAGAACCCGUCUUUAAUACAUAUACCUGUCAUAGCUCUGCACUGUAUGGUAACAAACUGUUUCCCUAAUAAGAUAGUAUAUCGGACAUUAAUUCCCCUCGCGGGAUUUAUAGUGUCUUGAACAAGCUUGUCAUUUUGAUUGCGACAGAGUCAUAAAUAUUAUUGAUGAUAGAAUUGGCUGUUUUGAACUCAUAUUUUACACAGAUAGAGAAGAAGUCUGCCGUAAUUCUAUAAUCUAAAAUUAAUAGACAAUUUUGACUGUUUUCUGAAUGGAUUCUUCCAUUUAAAUAUUCAUUUCUACGUUUAGCACUAAGCAUAAGAAAUCGUUUUCACCAUUUAGCUUAUGGAUAACUCAUUGGAUACUAUUGGAACAUAGGUUCAUUGGAGCUGAAUCAUUUUACACGUCAACAGAACAUAACGCCUUAAACGCAGACAUCUACCAAAGCGAUCUGCAGAAUGAUUGAAGAAGAUAAAUGAGUGAUAAAUCGUUCAUUAGGGAAUAUCCUUUUAGUUUGUGUGAAUUUUCAUUUCUAUGUCCUUCAUUAGUAACUGUGCCUAAAUCAAUACGAUGGAAACGGAUGUAUAUCAUAGUUCCAAAUGUUUGUUAGUUUUGCUGAUUAUAUGUCAUUUGUGGUGGUGCAGUUUGGCAUCGGAUACUUCAGUAUUACCAGACGAACAACGAUUGUCACGGAAAUUGUUCUAUAAUUAUGAUACGAGCGUUCGCCCCGUAUUCAACUCCUCACAUAGUGUGAUCGUUACAUUCAACUAUAAUUUAAUUCAAGUCAUGGACAUGGAUGAGAAAAACCAAGUCCUGACAUUAAAUGCCUGGCUGGAGUGGCAAUGGAUAGAUGAAAGAAUGACAUGGAAUCCACAAGAUUUUAAUGGAUUAGAAGUGUUCCGAGUUCCUGCUUCUAAACUGUGGUUGCCAGACAUACUCUUAUAUAACAAUGCAGACGACUACACUUCCGGUUUUAUGAAAUGCAACGUCAUGAUUUUGAGCAAUGGCCUUGUUCUGUGGUCACCGCCUGCCAGAUUGAGGAGUUCGUGCCACAUAGAUAUCACAUAUUUCCCUUUCGACAGCCAAGUAUGUUCUCAGAAAUUUGGUUCUUGGACUUACGACAAGGCUCAGGUUGAUUUGCGAAAUAAGUCAAACGUAUUGGAAGUCAGUAACUACAUCACUAAUGGUGAAUGGACGCUGUAUAAGUAUACAUUAGUCCGUAAUGAAGUUAAAUAUCCAAUCGGCGACUCUGUAUUUCCGGAUGUUACCAUAUAUAUUACUAUUUAUAGACGUAUUUUAUACUAUGUUCUCAAUAUUUUACUGCCGUGUUUCUGGUUAAACAUUUUAAGUGUUUUAACGUUUUGUUUACCACCGGAUGCUGGUGAAAAGUUGACUUUGAGUAUAACAGUACUUCUGUCUUAUUCUGUGUUCAUGUUGUUGGUCGCUGAUACGAUGCCUCCAACUUCAGAAUCUGUACCACUCAUAGAAGUCUAUUUAACCAUGUCCAUGGCCAUGUCGUCAGUCUCGGUCAUCAUGACUGUCUUGGUACUAAAAUUACAUCACAGUCCACCAAAUCCCACUGAAGUGCCUAACUGGGUUCGAUUUCUAAUAUUGGGUGUUUUAGCAAAAAUCAUCCAGUGUAAAUGUUCUCCCAGAAAGGACAAAAAGAAAUCAAACCCCCGAUCUGCGAUUAAUUCCAAUAAGUACAAGGAACCAGAAGUGACGUCAAAUCUGAUCCCGGAACCAACGCCAUAUUCUAGGAACUCGUUUUCGUCUGAUGCAUCUAGAGCAGACGAUUAUACAAGUAAUGUGGAUUCCAGAAUAAAUCGACGAAGUACUUCGAAUCAGGAAUCGUCAUCAGAAUAUCGGGCUCACCUUUAUGAACGGUCAGCUUAUGGUAUGGAAGAGCUUCUGAAAUACCUAAAACUCAUCGUAAAGAAAACAGAUAAAGAAGCCGAGGAGGAAGAUUUAACAGAUGAAUGGAAACAAGUUGCCUUAAUAGUAGAUCGAACCAUGUUUUAUACUUUUCUUUUUAUAACGCUGUUUUCCACUUUAGUUAUAUUAGUACUUGUUCCCGCCGCCUCUUAUGUAAAAAGUGGUGGUAAAUAGUUUGUGGUAUUUCCUUUGUAUUAUAGGAAUGAUAUACAUUAGGAUUGUCCCCGUAACCUUUGCACAAUAUAAAGAACCGAAGGUAAAAUAUAUAAUGUAGCUUGCUGUAACUUAUGCAUAGCUAGUAUAUCAAUUCAGUAUCAUGUACAGUUUAUGAAAUGAAAUGGGGUUUCACGACUUACUGGUUUGCUCCGACUGGGCAGUUUAUAAGUGCUCUGUAGAACAAAUUUACUGCUAUGGAUGCGAAAGAAACUUUCAAAAAAAAAUUUAUUAUUUUUUUUUAGGACGUUUAAAAUAAUCGAACUCUUGAUAAAUCUCUACGAGCUAUAUUUUCAUUCUAACUUUAAAGAAUUGUAAUUUACCCAGAAGCGCACCCGAUCUUGUUCCACUUUAAGUUGUACUAAAAUUAAGUAUUAUGAUUUACCCCGAGCGAUACCUGAAGAAUCAGGCCAGGAUUUUAAAAAAUAUAAAGUUGCUAAAUUAACCAGCAGUAGAAACUUUAUACACUCUCAAUUAAUCUUUUGGGAUCUACUUUAAGAAGAAGACAUUUGGCAAAUCGGUCGUUUUUAAUCUAAAUUUCUUACGUUGUAAUUCGGAGACAUAAUACAUUGUAACUGUAUUAAUUCGAGGUCUAGCAUUUAGUCUAUCAGACACCUAAUUCAAGACAGAGACAGUUCAGUAGUUUACGAUUAAAUGAAGAAAUCAGGGGUUUAUUUCUUCUAUCCCUUCUACAGACACAUAAUGUCAUUUAAAGUAAUUUAAAACUUGAUAAUAUUGAUUUUUUAUCUCACCAAUAACCAAUAACAAUAAACGUAAAAAUCUGGUAGACAAUUUAUAUCAAAAUUAAAAUCACCAUACGUUGUUUAUUUGGUCGUUAUAGUUUAAUUGAAAAGGGUAAAACUAAUUUUGAAAUCUGAACUGAACGGAUUGAAAUGAUUAAUAUAAUAUGGUGUUUUUGAUUGUGUUUACCUUUAUCAAAUUUCCCCGUGUAAUAAAGGUAAUGUUUGUAUAGUAUUACAUACAUUACCUUUAAAUAUUAUUUCAGCAUCUGCCAUUUAUACUUACCUAUAUAUACAAUAUAGAUUUAUAAUAAUUUAACAAUUUGGCGGUAUAUAUUAUAUUUUAAAUAAAUGAUUUGGAACAUAGAAGUCAGGUGUUUAAAACUUGUAUUAGUGUUUUAACUAUAUUGAGUUUCCUGAUUUUUAUGUUUUUAUAUCUUAAUUGUGUAUGGCUGGCCGAUUCGUUUGGUCUUUAAGCGGUCCUAUUAGAAAGCGCCCUAGCCAUUCUGGAUGUUUUUAAGCUAUUUCUGUAUAUUUUGCCGUCUGGUGUCCGUAAUUAAUCCCAUUGUUAUCAGCUAAUACGCUGUGAAAUUUCAGACAGAACCUCGAAAGACUUUACAUAGAAUAAUGCUUACUAACAUAAUUAUUAUUUACCCUAUUUUGUACAUCAUUAUGGCAUAUGUUUAUAGCGCUAUCCAUCGUUGAUAGUGAUAUUAUUUAGUUGCAAACUUUUUUAUAACGAUCGCUGAAAAUAAAGUGAUGAAUAAAUGAAAUAACAAUACGAA